AUGCAACAGAAUAUUACAUGGACUGAAAAGUAUAGACCAAUGGAGAUAGAGGAUAUGGCCCUUCCUUCAGAGAUCAGAGACUUUUUUUCUUCUUUACUAACAAGAAAGCACGCGCUGCCAAAUAUCAUAUUGCACGGCCCUCCUGGCAGCGGAAAGACCACGCUUGCGCUUAUUCUAGCUAGAAAGCUUACACGAAAAGAGAGUGUGCUGGAGCUAAAUGCCUCAAGCGACCGAGAAAUAUCCGCAAUUCGGGGGAAAAUUAAAACAUUUGCAGCAUCCAAGUCGCACUCUGGAGAGGUGAAGAUAAUAAUUAUGGACGAGUGUGACUAUCUAACAAUAGAUGCCCAGCACUGUCUAAGACGUAUUAUUGAAGACACCCACCAGAAUACUCGUUUUAUAUUCAUAACAAACUAUGUGAACAAAGUCAUUGACCCCAUUCGAAGUAGGCUUGUUCCGCUAUACAUUCCGUGGACUGGCCAGAGCCAAAGCUUGGAGGUGCUAAGAGACAUAAAAAGAAAGGAACAGCUGAGUGUUUCUGAUGAGAAUCUGAAGUACAUUCUAGUGCUAACAGAGGGUGAUAUGCGAAAGGCGCUAGUUUUGCUGCAGACAGUAGGCGCGUGUCAGCUAAAUGAGACUGAUCUUGUGGACAGUUCUACUGCACACCGAAGGAUAAUAGACGAAAUAUCUGGUGUGAUUCCCCAAGAAAUAAUUGAAUCAAUAAUGAGCGUUAAAACUGUGGAAGAAGUGCUUGAGACCUCUAAAAGUAUUGCAAUGCUUGGAUACUCUGCUGUUGAUAUUGUGCACGCCCUCUCAAAAUAUCUUCUCGAUAAAAAGAAGAUCACUCCUCAAAUAGAAGAACUUUUUGUUGCAUUGAGCAGCUGUGAAAGUGAUAUGCUAUAUGGCGGAAGUGACUUUAUAUAUCUAUCCAGAGUUGUAUCAAGCAUAGCUGAUAUUAUAAACCCUAGCAUACAUGGGUAA